CUGUUGAAAUAAACAAUGUCAAUAAUAAUCCGUACCUUGGCAUAGUCUGUGCUUCUCUCACCUAUUGAUUUUGACAUCAAUUUGUUUUUAUCAUCCGAAUAGGUUAAGAAAACGAAAUGCAUUUGUUGUUAUAUUUCGAUUUAUAAAUGAAUAUAAUAACACUGUCAAUGUUUUUACACUAAAACUAGUUUUCCUGUUAUUUCUUGACAAUCGCCAUUUACAAUUAAAGUUCAUUAAUAUGAAUCCUAAGAGCCCAGAAGCGAGAAUUCGCGAUGAUAACCCGUUUGAAGGAAUGUAUAUUUCAGGUUCUGAAUCCUUAGACAACCUAAACAGUCGAAGUGCAUGCCCACGAUGCGGCAAAUCACGAAUGUAUUUCUGUUACACUUGUUUUGUCCCCGUCACGUUACUCGAGUCCAAAAUUCCUCACUGCAGGCUGCCAAUUAAAGUUGACAUCAUUAAACAUCGGCGGGAAAUUGAUGGGAAAAGUACAUCGGCACAUGCAGCUGUUCUAGCACCAGAUGAUGUCAAUGUUUAUACAUAUCCAGACGUCCCUGAAUACCCGCAAGGCGGCAGAACUGUUUUGCUGUUUCCAGGAGCUGAGGCGAAAACUGUACAAGAAUUGUACUCUGGGCAAUUAGAUGCUCCCAGUUACUCUGAACUAUUACUAGCAGAGCUACCUUCUGGGUACUGUGUAGGGACAUUAAUGAAAAAGGUUCUAAAAGACCAAGAAAUUUUUAAAAUUUAUCACUCUCAAGAACUUCCAAUAGAUAGAGUGGUACUUAUAGACAGCACUUGGAAUCAGAGUCGAGGAAUUUAUGCUGAUGAAAGGCUACAAAAGAUACCUACAAUAGUUCUUCAAAAGAGAGCCUCACAAUUCUGGCGGCACCAGCGAGGCAGUCCUCGAUGGUAUUUGUCAACAAUAGAAGCACUACAUCAAGUUCUAUUGGAGUUACACAUAUGUGCAUGGGGCCGGAGUGAAAAUUAUGACUCAUACCUCACUUGUCAUUAUCCAGUACAUAGUAAAGAAGAGAAUCACCCUCAAUGUCGCCCUUACAAUGGACAGUAUGAUAACUUGUUGUAUUUCUUUAAAUUCAUGUAUGAGAAACUGCAUAAACUUUAUAAGCAUGAUAAUUUAUUAGCAUAUAAAAGGCCUAUGUCAUAACUAUCUAUAUUAUGGUAAUUUGGGUGACUGGUAUUCAAUAACAGUCCAUAUAUAACUGGUCUAUUUUACUUUAAUAUUAUAAGUUUACACCUUUAAGGAAUACAUGACCUAAAAUUAAAAAAUAAACUUAAUUUA